AUGUGCCACAACGACCACGCCAAUUUAUUCAGAUUCAAACCACAGCAUCCAUCCAGUUUAUUCUUCAGAUUCAACCACAGCAUCCACUCCAGUUUUUCAGAUUCAAACCACAGCAUCCACUCAGUUUCUUCAGAUUCAACCACAGCAUCCACUCCAGUUUCACCACAGACAAUGUCAAAAUGGUCAACCACAACGACCACACCAGUAUCAACCACAACGACAAUGUCUGGUUCAACCACAAUGACCACACCAGUUUCAACCACAGUGACAAUGCCAUUUUCAACCACAACAACAAUGCCAGUUUCAACCACAACAACCAGACCAGUUUCAACCACAACGACAAUGUCUGGUUCAACCACAACAACCAGACCAGUUUCAACCACAAUGAUAAUUCCAGUUUCAACCACAACGACAAUUCCAGUUUCAACCACAACGACAAUUCCAGUUUCAACCACAACAACAAUUCCAGUUUCAACCACAACAACCACACCAGUUUCAACCACAACGUCAAUGCCAAGUUCAACCACAACGACAAUGUCUGGUUCAACCACAACAACCACACCAGUUUCAACCACAACGACAAUGUCUGGUUCAACCACAACGACCACACCAGUUUCAACCACAACAACCAGACCAGUUUCAACCACAACGACAAUUCCAGUUUCAACCACAACGACAAUGUCUGGUUCAACCACAACAACCACACCCGUUUCAACCACAACGACAAUGUCUGGUUCAACCACAACAACCACACCAGUUUCAACCACAACGACAAUUCCAGUUUCAACCACAACGACAAUUCCUGUUUCAACCACAACAACCAGACCAGUUUCAACCACAACGACAAUUCCAGUUUCAACCACAACGACAAUUCCAGUUUCAACCACAACGACAAUUCCAGUUUCAACCACAACGACAAUGUCUGGUUCAACCACAACAACCACACCAGUUUCAACCACAACGUCAAUGCCAAGUUCAACCACAACGACAAUGUCUGGUUCAACCACAACAACCACACCAGUUUCAACCACAACGACAAUGUCUGGUUCAACCACAACGACCACACCAGUUUCAACCACAACAACCAGACCAGUUUCAACCACAACGACAAUUCCAGUUUCAACCACAACGACAAUGUCUGGUUCAACCACAACAACCACACCCGUUUCAACCACAACGACAAUGUCUGGUUCAACCACAACAACCACACCCGUUUCAACCACAACGACAAUGUCUGGUUCAACCACAACGACCACACCAGUUUCAACCACAACAACCAGACCAGUUUCAACCACAACGACAAUUCCAGUUUCAACCACAACGACAAUUCCAGUUUCAACCACAACGACAAUGUCUGGUUCAACCACAACAACCACACCCGUUUCAACCACAACGACAAUAUCUGGUUCAACCACAACAACCACACCAGUUUCAACCACAACGACAAUGUCUGGUUCAACCACAACAACCACACCCUUUUCAACCACAACGACAAUGUCUGGUUCAACCACAGCAACCACACCAGUUUCAACCACAACGACAAUUCCAGUUUCAACCACAACGACAAUGUCUGGUUCAACCACAACAACCAGACCAGUUUUCAACACAACGACAAUGUCUGGUUCAAAACCAACCAACAACCACACCAGUUUCAACCACAACGACAAUUCCACCAGUUUCAACCACAACGACAAUGUCUGGUUCAACCACAACAACCACACCAUUUCACCACAACGACAAUUCAGUUUCAACCACAACGACAAUUCCAUUUCAACCACAACGACAAUUCCUGUUUCAACCACAACAACCAGACCAGUUUCAACCACAACGACAAUUCCAGUUUCAACCACAACGACAAUUCCAGUUUCAACCACAACGACAAUUCCUGUUUCAACCACAACGACAAUGUCUGGUUCAACCACAACAACCACACCAGUUUCAACCACAACGACAAUGUCUGGUUCAAUCACAACAACCACACCCAUUUCAACCACAACGACAAUGUCUGGUUCAACCACAACAACCAGACCAGUUUCAACCACAACGACAAUUCCAGUUUCAACCACAACGACAAUGUCUGGUUCAACCACAACAACCAGACCAGUUUCAACCACAACGACAAUGUCUGGUUCAACCACAACGACCACACCAGUUUCAACCACAACAACCAGACCAGUUUCAACCACAACGACAAUUCCAGUUUCAACCACAACGACAAUGUCUGGUUCAACCACAACAACCACACCCGUUUCAACCACAACGACAAUGUCUGGUUACACAACACCACAACCCGUUUCAACCACAACGACAAUGUCUGGUUCAACCACAACGACCACACCAGUUUCAACCACAACAACCAGACCAGUUUCAACCACAACGACAAUUCCAGUUUCAACCACAACGACAAUGUCUGGUUCAACCACAACAACCACACCCGUUUCAACCACAACGACAAUAUCUGGUUCAACCACAACAACCACACCAGUUUCAACCACAACGACAAUGUCUGGUUCAACCACAACAACCACACCCUUUUCAACCACAACGACAAUGUCUGGUUCAACCACAGCAACCACACCAGUUUCAACCACAACGACAAUUCCAGUUUCAACCACAACGACAAUGUCUGGUUCAACCACAACAACCAGACCAGUUUCAACCACAACGACAAUGUCUGGUUCAACCACAACAACCACACCAGUUUCAACCACAACGACAAUUCCAGUUUCAACCACAACGACAAUGUCUGGUUCAACCACAACAACCACACCAGUUUCAACCACAACGACAAUUCCAGUUUCAACCACAACGACAAUUCCAGUUUCAACCACAACGACAAUUCCAGUUUCAACCACAACGACAAUUCCAGUUUCAACCACAACGACAAUGUCUGGUUCAACCACAACAACCACACCAGUUUCAACCACAACGACAAUUCCAGUUUCAACCACAACGACAAUUCCUGUUUCAACCACAACAACCAGACCAGUUUCAACCACAACGACAAUUCCAGUUUCAACCACAACGACAAUUCCAGUUUCAACCACAACGACAAUUCCUGUUUCAACCACAACGACAAUGUCUGGUUCAACCACAACAACCACACCAGUUUCAACCACAACGACAAUGUCUGUUUCAACCACAACGACAAUUCCAGUUUCAACCACAACGACAAUGUCUGGUUCAACCACAACAACCAGACCAGUUUCAACCACAACGACAAUGUCUGGUUCAACCACAACAACCACACCAGUUUCAACCACAACGACAAUUCCAGUUUCAACCACAACGACAAUUCCUGUUUCAACCACAACAACCAGACCAGUUUCAACCACAACAACAAUUCCAGUUUCAACCACAACGACAAUGUCUGGUUCAACCACAACAACCAAACCAGUUUCAACCACAACGACAAUGUCUGGUUCAACCACAACAACCACACCCGUUUCAACCACGACGACAAUGUCUGGUUCAACCACAACAACCAGACCAGUUUCAACCACAACGACAAUUCCAGUUUCAACCACAACGACAAUGUCUGGUUCAACCACAACAACCAGACCAGUUUCAACCACAACGACAAUGUCUGGUUCAACCACAACAACCACACCAGUUUCAACCACAACGACAAUUCCAGUUUCAACCAAAACGACAAUUCCUGUUUCACCCACAACAACCAGACCAGUUUCAACCACAACAACAAUUCCAGUUUCAACCACAACGACAAUUCCAGUUUCAACCACAACGACAAUUCCAGUUUCAACCACAACGACAAUGUCUGGUUCAACCACAACGACAAUUCCAGUUUCAACCACAACAACAAUGCCAGUUUCAACCACAACAACAAUGCCAGUUUCAACCACAACAACCACACCAGUUUCAACCACAGUGACAAUGCCAGUUUCAACCACAACAACCACACCAGUUUCAACCACAACAACCACACCAGUUUCAACCACAGUGACAAUGCCAGUUUCAACCACAACGACAAUGCCAAGUUCAACCACAACGACAAUUCCAGUUUCAACCACAACGACAAUGUCUGGUUCAACCACAACGACCAUUCCAGUUUCAACCACAAUGACAAUUCCAGUUUCAACCACAACGACAAUGUCUGGUUCAACCACAACAACCAGACCAGUUUCAACCACAACGAUAAUUCCAGUUUCAACCACAACGACAAUGUCUGGUUCAACCACAAUGACAAUGUCUGGUUCAACCGCAACAACCAGACCAGUUUCAACCACAACGAUAAUUCCAGUUUCAACCACAACGACAAUGCCAAUUUGUGAUAUUUUGGGAAUUUUUACUGUAUAUUACCUUUUGGUAAAUGACAAUGUUAAUGGAAUUAUUAUGAGGGCCAUCCUGCUGAAAUUAGAGCUGGGUUUUGCUUUCCAUAUUUAA